GAAGCCCCACCUGGAGGAGCGGCCGGGAUGGGCCUCCGGGACGGUGUGCCAGGCCGGGGCCAAGUCGGGGGCCCCUCGCUCUGGGUGGGCGCUGGGGCCCGCGAGGGCUACUCUAAGGACCCCUGGCUUCUGAGGAUACUGCGUCUAGAACUUUCUCCGUAUGGGGCCUUGAGGUGCUUGGUCGAGACCUGCCUUUGCGCUUGGUCCCGAAUCCUGCCCUCUAGGAGUCGCUCUUGCGGGCCUCCAGCCCACCGGAGGCGAAGCGGCCCCGGGCGGAAGGCCGCUGGAUCCUCGAGGGAGGUGCCGGUUUCUCUCCGCGGGCGCCGUGGGGACGGUGGGCGGCGGGGGCGUCGGCAGCGCUUGGACUAGGUGCGGCCUUGGGCCUGCCUGGUAGCGGGGAUUUGGGCCCGCAGAGCGCCCGCCUCUGCGGCUGAGUUCUGCCUGGCGGGGAAGGGAGCGCCCGAUGGGUGCCGAGGCGUCCUCCUCUUGGUGCCCUGGCACUGCUCUUCCCGAAGAACGCCUUUCAGUUAAACAGGCGUCGGAAAUCUCGGGCUUCCUGGGGCAGGGAUCGUCGGGAGAGGCCGCUCUGGACGUGUUGACACACGUGCUGGAGGGGGCAGUGCCCUGCCAGGAAACAAGCUCACAUCUUCCUGUGGGAAACCUUCUAGCAACAGGAUGAGUCUGCAGUGGACUGCAGUUGCCACCUUCCUCUAUGCGGAGGUCUUUGUUGUGUUGCUUCUCUGCAUUCCCUUCAUUUCUCCUAAAAGAUGGCAGAAGAUUUUCAAGUCCCGGCUGGUGGAGUUGUUAGUGUCCUAUGGCAACACCUUCUUUGUGGUUCUCAUUGUCAUCCUUGUGCUGUUGGUCAUCGAUGCCGUGCGCGAAAUUCGGAAGUAUGAUGAUGUGACGGAAAAGGUGAACCUCCAGAACAAUCCCGGGGCCAUGGAGCACUUCCACAUGAAGCUUUUCCGUGCCCAGAGGAAUCUCUACAUUGCUGGCUUUUCCUUGCUGCUGUCCUUCCUGCUUAGACGCCUGGUGACUCUCAUCUCGCAGCAGGCCACGCUGCUGGCCUCCAAUGAAGCCUUUAAAAAGCAGGCGGAGAGUGCUAGUGAGGCGGCCAAGAAGUACAUGGAGGAGAAUGACCAGCUCAAGAAGGGAGCUGCUGUUGACGGAGGCAAGUUGGAUGUCGGGAAUGCUGAGGUGAAGUUGGAGGAAGAGAACAGGAGCCUGAAGGCUGACCUGCAGAAGCUAAAGGACGAGCUGGCCAGCACUAAGCAAAAACUAGAGAAAGCUGAAAACCAGGUUCUGGCCAUGCGGAAGCAGUCUGAGGGCCUCACCAAGGAGUACGACCGCUUGCUGGAGGAGCACGCAAAGCUGCAGGCUGCAGUAGAUGGUCCCAUGGACAAGAAGGAAGAGUAAGGGCCUCCUUCCUCCCCUGCCUGCAGCUGGCUUCCACCCGGCACGUGCCUGCUGCUUCCUGAGAGCCCGGCCUCUCCCUCCAGUACUUCUGUUUGUGCCCUUCUGCUUCCCCCAUUCCCUUCCACAGCUCAUAGCUCGUCAUCUCGGCCCUUGUCCACACUCUCCAAGCACAUUACAGGGGACCUGAUUGCUACACGUUCAGAAUGCGUUUGCUGUCAUCCUGCUUGGCCUGGCCAGGCCUGGCACAGCCUUGGCUUCCACGCCUGAGCGUGGAGAGCACGAGUUAGUUGUAGUCCGGCUUGCGGUGGGGCUGACUUCCUGUUGGUUUGAGCCCCUUUUUCUUUUGCCCUCUGGGUGUUUUCUUUGGUCCCGCAGGAGGGUGGGUGGAGCAGGUGGACUGGAGUUUCUCUUGAGGGCAAUAAAAGUUGUCAUGGUGUGUA